GCGAGCGCGUAUUUCCGGCGCGCCGCGCUGCGCUGCCCGCCGCUAGGGGAAUCCCGGUACCACCGCGGACCGGCGCGAUGGGCAAGAAGGGCAAGAAGGAGAAGAAAGGCCGCGGGGCCGAGAAGACCGCCGCCAAAAUGGAGAAGAAGGUGUCGAAGCGCUCGCGGAAGGAGGAGGAAGACCUCGAAGCUCUGAUCGCCCACUUCCAGACCCUGGACGCCACAAAGACUCAGAUCGUGGAGACCCCAUGCCCCCCGCCUUCACCAAGGUUACACGCCUCCCUCUCCGCUCAUCCCGAGAAAGACGAGUUAAUCCUUUUCGGAGGUGAAUAUUUCAAUGGCCAAAAAACGUUUAUGUAUAAUGACCUGUACACCUACAACAUCAGGAAGGACGCCUGGACCCGAGUGGACAUCCCCAACCCACCUCCAAGACGCUGUGCGCACCAGGCGGUGGUGCUUCCUCAGGGCGGAGGACAGCUGUGGGCAUUUGGAGGGGAGUUUGCUUCUCCCGACGGAGAGCGGUUCUACCACUACAAGGAUCUCUGGGUGCUGCACUUAGCCACCAAGACCUGGGAGCAAGUAAGGUCAUCGGGAGGCCCUUCGGGCCGGAGCGGACAUCGGAUGGUGGCCUGGAAGAGACAGUUAGUCCUCUUUGGUGGCUUCCAUGAGAGUACAAGAGAUUACAUCUACUACAAUGACGUGUAUUCCUUUAACCUGGACACGUUCACGUGGAGCAGACUGUCCCCAUCGGGGGCUGGGCCCACACCUCGAUCGGGCUGCCAGAUGUCCGUCACCCCUCAAGGCAGCAUUGUCAUCUACGGGGGCUACUCGAAACAGAGAGUCAAGAAGGAUGUGGACAGAGGCACCCAGCAUUCAGAUAUGUUCCUGUUGCAGCCGGAGGAUGGAAGAGAAGGCAAGUGGGCGUGGACCCGGAUCAAUCCUGCGGGGGCCAAGCCCACUCCAAGGUCUGGCUUCGCGGUGGCCGUGACCCCAAACCAUCAGACGCUGCUCUUCGGGGGUGUCUGUGACAGGGAGGAGGAGGAGAGCCUGGAGGGGGACUUCCUCAAUGACCUGCACUUCUACGACGCCACCAAGAACCGCUGGUUUGCAGCGCAGCUGAAGGGACCCAAGUCAGAGAAGAGGAAACGUAGGCAGGGCAAAACCACAGAGCCCGAAAGUGCUGACAAGCAGGAGUGCAGGGGGGCUGGAGCCCAGGGGCCCCUGGAGGUGGUCAGAGAGGUGGUCACAGAGGAUGGGACUGUGGUCACCAUCAGACAGACGUUGGCUGCCCCGGGCUCGGCUGGACGGCCGCCGUCCGAUGAGGAGGACAGCCCCGACAACGCCAGUGGCCCUGUGGUGGGGCCGAGCCCCCGCUCGAACGCCAUGCUGGCCGUGAAGCACGGGCGGCUCUACCUCUACGGGGGCAUGUUCGAGGCAGGUGACCGCCAGGUCACGCUUGGUGACCUGUACUGCCUGGACCUGCACAAGAUGCAGGAGUGGACGGCUUUGGUGGAGAUGGAUCCAGGAGCUCAGGAGUGGCUGGAGGACACAGACUCCGAAGAGGACAGCAGUGAGGGCGAGAGUGCCGAGGGCGGGGACGAGGACAGCAGCGAGCGCGGUGGGGAGGCUGGGGGUGCGCUCUCAGGGGACGCCUAAGUUUGUGAAGGGACGUUUAUGUGUGGAGUGCAGCGCGCUGGUGUCUGGGACGGAGCGAAGAGUGCCCUCGCCGCACGACAGCUGUACCUAGGGUGCUCCCGUGCUCAUCCUGCCACGCGGGGAGCGGGGGCCUCUGGAGCUGCCUGACCCGGGCCUCCAUCCUGGGCUCGAUGUGCUUCCCUCCUGCCCCCUCCUGCCCCCUCCUACCCGCUCCUGCCUCACGGAGCUGCUCCCACACGCACGGUGCUGCCCGCUGAGCAGCUUGCACAUGGACUGCCUGGCCCCAGCAGUAGCGGGCGCAGCUCUCCCUGGACGACGCUGGGCCCCACGUCGAGAGGAGAGCCGGUCACGCUGUGGCAAACGGUGUGGCGACUCCCACGACGACCCCUGGAGUUAACCUGAGCGAGAUGCGGUUUCUUCCCCUCAGUGUCACUGGGACUGGGUGUGAUUUCCAAUAUGCCAGCCUUGGGGCGAAGAGGUGAUGUUCUGUGCGGCCCCCGGGGGUGCCAGCGGGGCCCCCGCGCUGCAGGCAGCACCUAGAAGACGAGGUAGAAGGCGGGGUGCGGGGUGGGUGGUUUCCCCACUGCGAGACUAGGGGCCGCGUGCUCCAGUGGACGCUGUGUCUUCGGCCUGCGGGCCCCGCUGUGAUUUCCGAAAGUCAUCGGUGGCAGCCCCCCAGCCACCUUCACGCUGUCUCUGCCAGUCUUCGAAAUAAAGUUGUGUUGGCCGGGG